AUGUCUUCUUACGAAAACAAGCAUCUUACCAGUCCGGUAUUAAGGGAUGUCCCAUCUUCCCUUGCCGAGUUCAAGGAAACUAUUAUCAACAGACAUAGAAAGGAAGUCAUUAUCUUACACGAUAAGAAGAAAGUUCAAGAAAUUUCAUCUGGUUCCGAUUGUUCAAUUGAAGGUAACGAAAAACAUCAUGAUAAAACCCACACUGUCGGUUCCGAUGAAGACGAAAACAGAAAGGGUCUAGCUAAAUACUGGGCCAUUAUUACUACUGGUGCAGGUUUAUUCUCCGAUGGUUAUAUAAAUAACUCCAUUUCUUCUGUUUCCACAUGUUUCGCUAAGAUAUAUGGUAAAGCUUACACAGAAUCGCGUGCUAUCCAAAAUGUUUCUUCCAUUGUGUUCGUUGGUACUGUCGUUGGUCAAUUAAUAUUUGGUUACUUGUCUGAUCAACAUUCUCGUAAAUUUUCUAUGUUAUUUGGUACUAGUAUGCUAAUCGUCUUCACUAUUUUAUGUGCUGGUGCUUGGGGUAAAGGUACAUCGGGAACUGAGCCAGGUGGAUUAUUCGCUGCUUUAACAGCUUGGAGAUUUUUCUUAGGUAUUGCCAUUGGUUCUGAAUAUUCAUCUGGUUCCCCAGCUGCCGCUGAAGCCUCUAAUCUAUUACCAGCCGGUAAGAGAAAUAGAUGGUUCAUUUGGUUUACUAACUUCACUAUUGACUCUGGUUUCGUCGUAGGUGCCUUCGUCCCAUUAGUUUUGUUAUGGAUUUGCAAGGAAGAUCAUUUGACUCCAGUUUGGAGAAUUUCUAUUGGUCUAGGUGCUAUUCCACCAAUAUCCUUAUUCUUCUUGAGACUAAAGUACAAGGAAGGUAAGGCAUUUGAAAAGACCAAAUUUACCAAGGGUUUACCAUACUGGCGUAUUAUCAAGUUUUACUGGUUCAGAACUGCUAUGAUUUCCAUCAUCUGGUUCUUAUACGAUUUCUCCUCAUACGCUUUUGGUACUUACUCAUCCAUCAUUAUUGGUCUUGUUUUGCCAGAAGAUGCCUCCAUCUAUCAAAACUUUGGUUGGAAUGUCGUUUUCAACUUAUUUUACAUCCCAGGUUCUUUCUUGGGUGCGUACUCUGCUGAUUACUUCGGUCCACGUCUGACUUUAUCUGUCGGUUUAGUUAUUCAAUCUGCUAUUGGUUAUGGUUUAGCCGGUGGUUUAGACCACCUGAGAGAACAUAUUGGUGGUUUCGUUGUUAUGUACGGUAUCUUCAUGACCUUAGGUGAAUUCUCUGCUGGUGACAACGCCGGUUGUAUUGCCUCCAAGAUUUCUGCUACUCCAGUUAGAGGUACCUUAUACGGUGUUGCUGCUAUGAUUGGUAAAGUUGGUGCCUUUGUUGGUUCUUAUGUCUUCCCAACUAUCAUUAGAAAGUACGGUUUAUCUGCUCCAUACUGGGUUUCUUCUUCCCUAUGUAUUUUCUCUGCUUUUAUUUCUUAUUUCUUCCUACCAGAUUUAGAUCAAGAAGCUAUGAACAGAGAAGAUGAAAGAUUCUUAGAGUAUCUAAGAGAGUCUGGUUACGAUAUGUCUCAAAUGGGUAUCAACAAGGACCAAGAAACUCAUGUUGAAAUGCUAAACGAUUCUGAAGAGUCUGUUAUUAACAAGCUUGACCACACCGUUGACGUACAAGAACGUUAA